UCUCUCUCUCUCUCUCUCUCUCUAUGUAAUUGUCUGUCAAUUCUGGCUAUAAAUAUCAUCCCCCAACCCGCUAGAAGGACCUACGUUUGGCUAUCUUUUUGAUGUUAUAGACUUUGUUCUUUCAAGUAUUGAUCAUUCUCCGGAACUGCCCAACUUUUUUUUUUUUCGUAUCAUAAUCAACAUACAUAAAUCAUGGAAUCCUCAAAGCCAGCAGCUCAUACUCAGAAAUCAUCGGCGUACAAUGAUCCAUCGGAGACGGCACCGUACGUUGCUUCGGCCGAAGGCAUUCCUGUCUCCUACGGCAACCGCUUAUCUGGAGGACUCACGGCGUGGUCCAGCGGCCUCUUUGGCUGCUUCGAUGAUGUUGGCAACUGCUGCCUAACGUGCUGGUGUCCUUGCAUUACGUUCGGGCAGAUUGCUGAGAUUGUAGACAAAGGAGCAACAACGUGUGUGACGGCAGGAGCUAUUUACGCCUUGAUAUACCUUGUGCUUGGUUGUGGGUGCAUCUAUUCUUGCUUCUACCGCUCAAAGUUGAGGAAUCAAUACAUGUUGACGGAGAGCCCCUGCGCUGAUUGUUUGGUUCAUUGUUGUUGCGAGACGUGCGCCUUGUGCCAAGAGUAUCGCGAACUUAAAAGCCGUGGAUUCGAUGUAUCCGCCGGGUGGCAAGCAAAUAUGGAUAGACAGGGUGGUGGGGUGGCAAUGGCACCUGUGGUUCAUGGUGGCAUGAGCAGAUGAAGGAGAAGUGGGAUGCAUCUACGUUUGCCCCUAAAAUUAAUUAAUUAUUAAUUAAUGAAGUGUGGACCAAAUAACAUAUAAAUAUAUAUAUUUUGUUUGUUUUUAAUUUAUUGUAUUAUUUUGUAAGGAGCUCGUCAUACUGUUGUCUUGAUGUGUGUAAUUGCUCAUAAAAUAAUCAAAUAAAAUGUUAAUUUGUCUUGACGCAUACAUUUAUGUUUUUAU